UGUUUGAGAGGAGAUACAGAUUUCAAUAUUCUGGUCUAUCUUUUUGGCAUUUUAUGUCUCACAGUGAUCAUGAGUGUUUUCAUACAUGAAAUUUGCUUGUCCUAGAAGAGAUUCUGCCCAUUGCUCAAUGUGCCUGCAGAUUUCAGAAGAGAGCACUGGAUUUCAAAUUGGGAUGAAAAUAUAUUGUGAAGUUUCAGGCAGGUGCUGGGAAACAACUUUGGAUUAUAGAACGUAAACUGCAGAAAAAUUUUCAAAUAGUGUUAUGAUGGCAAGUCCUUCGUCUGCUGAUAAUGUCUUAGAAAACAUCAGAAAACUCAUGAAGAGGAGAGACCUUAUGAAUGGUCAGUUAACCUUCAAGGAUGUGGCCGUGGACUUCUCACAGGAAGAAUGGAAAUGUCUUGACUGUGCUCAGAGGGACUUGUACGUGGAUGUCAUGUUGGAGAAUUACAAGAAUCUAUUUUUUGUGGAGAAUCAUCAUAUAUGUCAUAAAUGUGAGAACGUCUUGGUUCAAGACACACAGCAUAUUGUUGAUGAGCAUGUGAAUAUCCAUGAGAAGUCUUAUAAAUGUCACAAGCUUGGCAAAAUCAUUCAUAAAUCCACUGAAUGUACAUCUUAUAAAACUAACCUUGGGGAUACAUCUAUUGAAUCAUCCAAACAAAACAGACAUCAAACUGAAAACACCAGAGAACCUUGCCAAUCUAUAAACUGCGUAAACUGUUUAAAUUUGUGUUCUAACACUAGUCCAAAUCAAGGAAUCCACAUAGGAAAGAAAAAACACAAUGGCACAGCACUUGAUAAGGUUUUCCACUCUAAACAAAAACUCAUGCUGAAACAAACCAAUAGUGGAAAGAAAUCUUACAAAUGUAGUGAAUGUGACAAAUGUUUUACCAAGAAAUGUGAUCUUGGUAUUCAUCAGAGAAUUCAUAAAGCAGAGAAACCUUACAAAUGUAGUGAAUGUCUUAAAUCUUUUACCCAGAAAUGCAAUCUUAGAAGACAUCAGAGAAUUCAUACAGGAGAGAAACCUUACAAAUGCAGUGAAUGUGACAAAUGUUUUACCCAUAAAUGCAGUCUUAUUAUUCAUCAGAGAAUUCAUACAGGAGAGAAAGCUUACAAAUGUAGUGAAUGUGACAAAUGCUUUAACCGCAAAUGUGAGCUUAGAAGUCAUCAGAGAAUUCAUACAGAAGAGAAACCUUACAAAUGUAGUAACUGUGAGAAACAUUUUACCACCAAAGGUGAACUUAGAAGUCAUCAGAGAAUUCACAUAGGAGAGAAACCCUACAAAUGUAGUGAAUGUGGUAAAUACUUUACCCAAAAAGGCAGUCUUAUUAUUCAUCAGAGAAUUCAUACAGGAGAGAAACCUUACAAAUGUAGUGAAUGUGACAAAUGCUUUACCCAAAAAUGUAGUCUUAUUUUUCAUCAGAGAAUUCAUACAGGAGAGAAUCCUCACAAGUGUAGUGAAUGUGACAAAUGCUUCACCCUCAAAAGUGAUCUUAGAGUUCAUCAGAGAAUUCACACAGGAGAGAAACCUUACAAGUGUAGUGAAUGUGACACGUCUUUUAUCAAGAAAUCCAAUCUUAGAAGACAUCAGAGAAUCCAUACAGGAGAGAAACCUUACAGAUGUAGUGAAUGUGACAAAUCCUUUACCCACAAAUGCAGUCUUAGUAUUCAUCAGAGAAGUCAUACAGGAGAGAGGCCUUACAAGUGUAGUGAAUGUGACAAAUGCUUUACCAACAAAGGCUACCUUGUUAGUCAUCAGAGGAAUCAUACGGGAGAGAAACCUUAUAAAUGUAGUGAAUGUGACAAAUGCUUUACACACAAAUGCAGUCUUAGUAUUCAUCAGAAAUCUCAUACAGAAGAGAAACCUUACAUAUGUAGUGAAUGUGGUAAAUUCUUUAGCCACAAAUGUAGUCUUCGCACACAUCAGAGAAUGCAUACAGUAGAGAAAGUUUAGAAAUGAAGUGAGACAAAUUCUCUACCAAGACUAUAUCAGAGAAUACAAACAGAAGAGAAACCUAACUAAUGUUAUAUAUGAGGAAAGGUCUUUACCUUUAUCACGGAUCUAAGGAAAUAUCUAGAAAUUUACAGUGGGAAAAAGUUUCUAGCAGAAAAAAAUGGCAUGUGAUUUGUCUACUCAUGAUUCUUUGCAACACUUGAGGCUCCACACGGAGAACUAUUAUGAACACAAGAAACUUGUGAACAUCUUUAGGUUAUGUUCAAAUCUUAUAAGCUAUACUGCACUUGUACUAAACCACCAAAAAUCGGACAUUAAUGAAAUUUUUAUUGCAACUUUUUAAUUGUUUAUCCUUAAAUAAUUCAUUAUGAAGUCAAAUAGGGAACCCAGAAUAAUGUCAAAUUGUUUUAACAGUUUCCAGAAGGCUGAACUAAUCCACUGAAUAGGGAAACUGAUUAAAGCAGGUAAUGCACCUCUCAAAAUAGAUAAUGAAACCGAUAGCAUUCUAUAUGUUUAUCUUAAAUGAAAAACUCAGGUAUUUUUCUUGAAAAUGGAUUUGACAAAUUGAGACACCAAGAUACGAUGUCUUUUUUUCUGUAAAUAUGUUUACAGAUAUGCAGUUUCCUAUGAAUGUCCAGGAUUCACAGUCUGUACCAUAGGAUGUUUUCACAUUUCAGAAUUUCUACUUUCUUUUGGUCCCUUUGGCUCUGGUCACAAUUCCUUUUCCAUAGUCCUGUAAUUCCAAUAAAGCUCAUUGUUUCAACAAAUUA